AGUGUGGCUGGGCGCGCCGCUGCUUCCGCCCGUGCUCGGCCGCUGCGCCGUCGCCGUCGAAGUCGCCGCCGCCGCCGUCGCCACUGCCUUCGCGAGCCCGGGCUGCCGAGCUACGCGGGUCGUCGUCUUUCAGGCGCCCACAGUGUCCGACCAUAGGCCGGCCGGCGCGUUGGCUGGCGACGCAGGAGGUGCCAGAGGGGACGCGAAGCGACAGGUGGUGGCAGCACUCGUUUGCGUGGACGAGCACCGCUCUGUCGGCCGGUGUUCUCCAAGGAGAGAAUAUUAGUUGCGUCGAGUCAAAGCAGCGCAGAAGCAUUGUUGAUCCGUGAAGCUGAACACCGUGCGCUGAAGAAAUAAGGCAGCGGGCAUCCAGAGUCGAUCCUCUCUACAGGGCAAGAUCCAACAGAGCCUUUCAGAGUUGCCUGCGUCGCAAGUGUGGCACGGCGGCGAUGAGGAGGUAGCCGGCGCGGCGCGGCGGGAUGCGGCGGGUGUGCGCCACGGGGCUCGUCCUGCUGCUCACCCUCACAGUGGCGGCGAGUUCGCCGGCGCCGCAGGGUCAGCACGGACAGCCGCAGGCGGGCUCGCCGUCGACGCCCAACCCGGGCGGCGGCGGCCCCAUCAUCCGCAGGGGCCGCGUCUGGCGCGAGUGGCGCCGAGGAGACCCCACGCUCAUCAACAGCCUCUGGAAGAGCAAGACGCCGCUCGGCAACGCUGAGCCGUACAUCGUGCUGGCGCUGCUGAUCGGCUUCGUGACGGUGGUGAUCGGCUGCUGGCUGUCGGACAACUGCUGGUCGCCGGAGCCGGAGCAGCUGGUGACGCUGGCAUAGCAGCAGAAGCAGCCGCACAAGGCGCCGCCGCAGCUGCUGCGCCUGCCCUGCUGCCCGCCGCGGCCCCUGGCGCUCAUCGUGCUCACGUCGACGGCGCCGCCGACGGGGGCCGUGCCCGUGCCGGUGCUCUGCUGCAGCGCGCCCUGCGCCUGCACCAACCCCGUCUAGGGCGGCGCGACUGCAGCCUCUUAGAGCCUAACUCCCGGCACACGAAGCGCCGGAGACAAGUGUAUUUCUUGUAGAAUGUAGUGCCGCGCCUGGGCCACGCUGUGUCACAAACCGUGAACCUCGACAGUCCGCCACCAAAGCUCGUUUCCUUAGUUGUCAGACUGACGUAAGCUUCCCCGAUAUGUCAAAGCAAGUGCUAUGAGGAGCGCUUUGAAGUAAAACGCUGGUUGGAGGAAAUAUUUAGCUUUCUCAGAGUUUCAGCGGGACACUAAAGCCGACCACCAGCAAAUACGAGAAUGUUCAAUGAAUGAGAGCCGAAGUGAAGCUAUAGGAAACGUCACUAACGUUUUUACAUUGUGUAUGAAAUGUCGAUGCUCUGAUGAGCACAGUCAACAAACUGGAGAGAUGAGUAACACCUAUCAGACAGGCAGUUAAUGUAAAUACGUGAAACUGCUUGAAGUUACAGAAUGUGCUGUUGCAAUAGCUGAGAGAAGUGUAGACCACUAUUGCAGGAUAUACGGGGAACUGAUGCUAAUCAACGCAGUAAAAAAAAAAAAUUUUGAACACGAGAAUAAGAUUACCCAUUUGUUAAACGCAGUAAUGCAUUUAUCAUGUUAAGGAGAAGACCACUGUAUGUUCGUAGAGUGAACACUGGAAGUACCUUUGGACAUAUCUUUCAUCAUACGGGAGGAAUGUCAUCUGACAAAAUGUGGCGUAUCGCCUUGAGGUACGAGUAGUAGCAUCCAAACAAAGCUUACACGAUACACACGGAGGAAGCUCGAAAUAAAAAUGCAUCCAACUCUUGAGAAAGAAGUAUGAGGUAUUACGGAAGUGUAUUAGACGCCAAAGAUGGGGACGACAGUAGAAUCAGAAUCACGUUGUAUAAAUCGUAAAAUGUAAGAACAGCGCUUAUUUGUUUAUUGUUCGGCUAUAGCAAUAGUGUCGAACAGUUUCGAAUGAAAUUAAUGAUCAAUAUUUGCACAGCAUUGUUACAAUGAAGCUGAUUUCUUUGUUAUAGAGAUGCUUGGGGAUUAAAGUACCGAAAUUCAGUUAGUUUGAGGCUACUGUGACACCACAUUUCACAUUAAAUAUUUAGCACUAAAAUACUUAACAAUCUUCUUACAAAGUAGACCGUUCACUGCUAAAAACUGAUUGCUGUGGCCUGUUAUGCAAGCUACUCACUUUGUGAAUACUGAUUAAAACGCGUCACAUAAAAGCUAAAGGAAGUGCGUUCUGAGACCCAUGCAUCACAAGGUAAACGUAAUUACGCUCAGCGUUCUAUUUCCGCUCUGAUUCACAAACGAUCUCCCAUCACUGAAUUUUACUUUUCAAUCAGUUUUAUAUCAUCACACCAGUAAUUCCAGAAGAUCUGUCCAACAUAUUUUUUAUAGUGUUUGCUGACUGAAAAAAUAUGAUGAUAAUUGAAAGCAUUGCAGUUAAAGAUAUCGUUUGAAUACAUAUUGUUCGCUGGAAUAGCUAAUUGUAUUCGAGUACGUUUCACAUUGUCAGAAAAGCAUCAAUUUAUUUUCUGUUUUUAAAUACGAAGGAUUGAUUGCUUGAAAUGCAAUCGAAAUUGCCCAACACGUUAGAGGUGGAGAUGUUAGUCCGAAUGAAGAGUGUUCUGUUCGGGUCAACACUUCCCUUGCACCCAAUAUUCAUUAAUGGCAACGAGCCUCUCAAAGGUACGUACACGAAACAAUUCGCCACGAGAAUCUCUCUCUACGUAGGAGAAUCACUAAUCGGGACACAGAUAUAGCAAGUAACCCAGGGCUUUAAUUGAUGACGACUGCAACAAACUAUCUGGGAUCAAUGUGUUACUACACUUUUGUGUGUUUUGUAUGUAUUAGUGUUUUGUAUGUAUAAAAUAGGAUAAGCUUUGUAGAUGAUCUCGUAAAAUCGUACUGUGGGCCGAUCACCAAUAACGAUGAUAGCUAUUUAUUAUCGUCAGUAAUGCUGCGAGGUGUUUGAUAAAGAAAGGCCUCAACAUUCCGUACAUUUAGACCGUGAUUAAAAGUAUUUAUUUUGAGAAUGCUAUAUGCUUAAUGACAGUAACAGCAAAUAAUAUUUCUAUCUAUGGAGCAUAAACGUAAUCAGUGUGAGCGAAAAGUAAUGUUAGUUAACAGAUCCUGAAGUCAGAGGCCUAACAGAAAUUUUAGCAAUUAAAAAAAAAAAGAGAAAGAAACGUUUUCUUUUGUAUAAUGUAUUCUCUUGGUGCAGGGCAAAUGAAACGUAAAGAAAAAUGUUUCCUUUCCCCUGCACUUCUGAUUUUCAGGGUAAAUAUAAUUCCUGGGACAGUUAUUAUGUAACAGCUAUUAUGUAACCUGUGUAGUACGAGCUCUGCAAGGCAUCUGUUCUUUAGACAGACUCCUUCGUUCCACGAUAGAUGAUGUCAUUUGUCAUCAUCAUUAAUUGCUGUGUUUGUAUAUCAAUAUAUAGAUAGAUGUGAAAAGUUAUAGAUGUGAUGUGAAAAAAAUUUUCGUUCUCGCAUGAGACCCAUGUAAAUGUGCACUCUGAAUUUGAUAUUCAUAUAUACCUUACGUGUCUCGAUGUUCUUUAUUGUUCUUUGUGUGGAAUUUAUGUCUGAGAUCGUAUUUUAUAUGUCAAAUGAAUGUGUAUCUUAAACUUUAUUAUAAAAUUAUUUCAUGUGUCAAAUUUCAUUUCAUUUUGUUUGGCCCCUGCGAAUAUCUAAAUGUUUUGUUUGUAAACUAAAUGUGGACAGGAGUCUGUAUGGAAGAUGGUACUCAGUUUCAAUUUCAUUUAUUCCCAAGGUUUUACAUUCUAUGUCCUUGGUAUUCAUACCUGUUACACCAUACAUAUUCUGACGAUAUUUUUAGCAGGCGGUGUGCUUGUCGCUGGCUUCUUUAAAAGACAAUUUCAGUAACUUUAUUUAUCUAAGGCGCAGUCACUUACGCUUUCUGCAUGGAUACCUGCUUCAGUGAUCACUAACACUGCAUUAAAACUAACAGAAGGCCUAAAAUGUGUUGUCUAAAUUUCGGAUUCUAUCGUAACUCAGUAAAAUAAAAUAGCGCUCUAAAGUAAGAAAAAUGUCUGAAAUUAAUUAAUUAAAACUCAUAAAUGAAAAGUUUACUUGUUUGGAACAUUGCAUAUGAAGUAUGUUAAGACUGAGAAAGUAAUAAAAUACCUAAAUAAAAUUUUUAAACUAGAGUUGUAAACAGAUCUAUAACUAUUUUCUUACUGUCUUUUUUGUCAAAAGGCUACAAACAUUUUUGCAGUUUCUGCAAUGAAUGAAAGAAACUUUCUUCUGUGACAUAAAUCUAUAUCUUUGUGGAUGUAAUGAGUCAAUGCAGUGUUCAAAUGCAGUGUUUACAUGUAAGACAGAUAUGUAAAGGAAAAUAUAUGUAAAUGUACAUUAAUUUUAACACUGACUUUAUAACAAAGAAAAUCACUUAACAACAUUACUAGUUAUGUUUUCUGCAAGAAUGUCACCUAAAUGUUCAGUGAAAUAAAUUGAGGAAAGCGUUGUAUAUAAAACAAUGAUUAUUUGCUCAAUACACCAGUAAUAAUCUAAAA